GCUGGCUUUUUCAUCCACACGAGCUGCAGUUAGGCAGACGCACGCCGCCGCAGCAGCAGCAGCAGCAGCAACCCCCACUUCAGCGUCGACAUGGCGAAAAUCAACAGCUGCCUCAAGUGCCUUUUUGUCUUUUUCAAUGUCGUCUUUGCUAUUAUCGGAUGUCUGCUGAUCUUCGGGGCGGUGAAGGCCAGCGUCUACAGUUCACAGCUGUCGGCGCUGGGCGCCCCGGGCCUAGGCUGGAUGUGGGUGUUCGCCAUCGGCGUUUUGGGAAUUUCCUGCCUGGGGAUCUACGCGGGAAUAUCCGAGAAGGAGCUGGCCCUAAAGAUCUUUGCCGGCUUCAUGGCGGUGGGGAUGAUCAUCAUGCUCAUCUUCGGCAUCGUGGUGGUCGUCAUGAGGAACAAGAUCCGGCAGACCUUCCUCAGCGCGUCGGCCGAGGCGGCCGAGCCCUUCAUGGCGGACGAAGGAUUUCGCGCCUUCCUUCAGCAGCUGCAGGAGAGCGGUCAAUGUUGCGGCUUGGUGAGCGCCAGAGACUGGGGCGACGACAUCCCGGCCUCCUGCCGUUGCCGACCCGGAUUGGACGGCUUCGGCGGUUUCGGAAUUUUCGGACAUUCCGGAUGCAAAGCCAGGCCUCAGGGAACCACCGGCCCGGAUCAGAUCUACCAACAAACCUGCGGCGAGCUCCUCGUCACCUACGCCGACUUUUUCUUCAACAUCGCCAUCGGCUUCCUCUUCGGCUUCGCCAUCACAGCGCUCCUGGGCCUGCUGGUGUCCCUCCUGAUGACCCACCAGGUGCGACGCCACGACCGGGCCGGAGCCUCCAACAUGGCCAUGAGGGGUUACUAAAAAAAAUAUAUAUUUUUUUUGUGGUUCUUCAAGCUGGAAAACUUUUUUAGCCACCUGCACUAUAAUGAAUUGUUGUUUCCAGUUAUCUUUUGCUGCAAACGCUUUUAUACAAUCCCACCAAAGAUGGACACUUAAGUUUGUGUUUUUAUUCUGUAUUACUUGGUCUGAUGAUCAAUAUUAUGAUCCAUUUAUGAGGAGUAUUAAAUUCUUUUUUAUGACAAACCAAAAA